AUGGGACUCAUCCACUCAGGGCCUUGCCUCCUGCAGGUGCUCGGUUUCGAUUCCACCUGGGGGCCACCGGAGGCCCUUGCCGAAGGAGCCUCCACCUCUGGCGCUCUGCGCUGGCGCAUCGAUGCCAAGAAGGUGAUGACCCUGACACUGUCGGCACCAGAGAAGCGGAACACGCUGAGCUUGGAGGUGCUGGAAGCCUUGCAGGAGCGCCUCUUGGCGGCCCGGGGUGCUGAGCGCGACCGCGUGCGCGUCGUGCUCGUCGAGGCGCAGGGCAAUGUCUUUAGCUCCGGCCACAACUUUGGCGACUUCGCUGCCGAGAAGGGCCGCGAGGCGCAUGAGAGGACGCUGAAGCUGUGCUCGGAGGUCAACAUGCUGUUGCAAGAGAUCCCGCAGCCGACUCUUGCGGUCGUCCAGGGCCUCGCCACAGCCGCGGGAUGCCAACUUGCGUGCUCAUGCGAUCUCGUCCUGGCAGCCGACUCCGCAGCGUUCCAGCUGCCGGGGGCGGCCACAGGUGGCUUCUGCCACACACCGGCCGUCUCUGUGGCCGCUCGAGCCUCCUCGCUGCGCUUCGCAGUGGAGAUGGCGCUGUUGGCCGAGCGGGUGCCAGCUGAGCGCGCGGAGCGCAUGGGUUUGGUGAAUCGCGUGGUCCCCCGCGUGACGCUCUUUGCCGAGGCCAGGCGUUUGGCCGAGAAGAUUGCAGCGAUCACGCCGGAGAAUCUCCAGCGAGGCAAGCUGCUCCUCUAUGAGCAAGCCGCGAAGCCAACCCUGGCAGAGAAGUAUCGCGCGACCGAGCCUGCAAUGCUGGACAUGUUCGCAUCCGAUGCCUCACAGGCAAACGUCAAGAAGUUUGCCAAGGGCAAGUGA